AUGAACUGCCCCUCACGAACUGACGAUACCCUGCAACACCCUGGCUGGAACCAGAGCCCACCCCCGCUCAAUGCCGACUCAACCACGCGGGAAGACUUUAACGGCAUGGCCAAUUCCAAGGUCUAUCGGGGGCACACACCAGAAGGGGGAGGGGAAGGGUCUAUGUCAAUUAUAGAACGGUCAAGCCCCAGCGACGGGGACGAGCCAGAUCGCAAGGCAAGCUCCGGGGGCGGGGCGGUGCCCUCUGUUUUCUCCGGCCAUCAACGCCAGAGAAACAGUAGCGAACCGCCUCGCCAUCCUCAAAAAUCUUUAUCCCCCUCUUCUUUCUCGACCAGAAUCCUACAGAGUAUCGUCAAGUUUGGCCGAUUUGUUGGGCCGGGUUUUCUGAUUGCUGUCGCUUAUAUCGAUCCGGGCAACUAUGCGACUGAUGUCGCUGCCGGUGCGGAGUAUCGAUACGCGCUGCUCUUUAUUGUUCUUUUGUCGAAUAUCUUUGCGAUAUUCUUGCAGUCGCUGUGUAUCAAGCUUGGCACAGUGACAGGGUUGAAUCUCGCAGAGAAUUGCCGCGAGCACCUGCCCAAGUGGUUAGUUCUGACGCUCUACGUGUUUGCGGAGGCAGCUAUCGUGGCCACGGAUAUUGCAGAGGUCGUCGGAUCCGCAAUUGCUCUCAAUCUUCUGCUCCAUAUCCCGCUCGUCGCAGGCUGCGCCAUAACACUUGCAGACGUUCUCUUCAUCCUGAUCUUCUACAGGCCUAAUGGCUCAAUGUGGGGUCUACGUCUAUUUGAGUUUUUCGUCAUGGGCCUCGUGCAAGGCGUUGUGAUCUGCUUUUGUAUCCAGCUCUCACUCAUUCAAGAACAAUCCGUCGGAGAUGUAUUCCGAGGCUACCUCCCCUCAUCCGCUAUAGUCCAAUCAACCGGCCUCUAUCAAAGCUGCGGAAUCCUCGGCGCAACCGUCAUGCCGCACUCCAUGUUCCUAGGCAGCGGCAUCGUGCAAGCCCGCCUGCGCGAAUUCGACAUCACAAGCGGCUACAUCCCGCCAACCGUCUACACAGGCAGCACAAACGGUGUCGUUGAAUACCGCCCCUCCCUCUCUGCUAUCCGCGGCUGCAUGAAAUAUUCCAUCAUUGAGCUCGCUCUCUCCCUCUUCACCUUUGCACUCUUCGUCAACAGUGCAAUCCUCAUCGUCGCAGGCGCCUCCCUCUACGGAACCCCCUCCGCAACCGAUGACGCAGACCUCUUCGGCAUCUACGACUUACUUUCUUCAUCGAUUUCCCCGGCCGCAGGCACGGUUUUUGCGCUAGCCCUUCUACUCUCGGGUCUGUCGGCGGGCAUUGUAUGCACGAUGGCUGGGCAGAUGGUUAGCGAGGGGAUGUUGAAUUGGAGUUUAAAGCCGUGGCUACGGAGACUUCUGACGCGUUCGAUCAGUAUCAUUCCAAGUAUCAUCAUCGCGGGCGCGGUGGGGCGGGAUGGGUUGAACAAGACGCUGACGGCCAGCCAGGUUGUGCUUAGUGUCAUUUUGCCAUUUGUGAGUGCGCCGCUGGUGUAUUUCACGUGUCGCAAUCGAUAUAUGACUGUGCCUGUUGAGAGGGUGCAUGAUGGUGACGGUUCCGGCGAUGGGGAUGGUGGGGUUGAGCGUGGGGAGGUGAAGAUGGGUAAUGGGCUGGUUGUUUCUGUGCUCGCUGUGCUUGUGUGGUUGGUAAUUGCUGUUAUGAAUAUUGCUUUACUUGUUCUGGUUGGGAUGGGCAAAGCUUGA